CAACAUGUAUUGAGAACCGAACCAGUUGUAUUUGAAAAACAAGUACCAGUCUGCCAGUGUUGGUAAAGACAGACCAAGUUUGAAACCAAGUCAAGCUCCAUAUAUAAACUCAGAUCCCAAACAGAAGAUAGACAGAAACCCCACCACCAAAAAUGAAGCAAAUCUUAGUUCAACUGAGUCAACUCUUUCUUCUUCUUCUGCUACUUGUUGCCUGCUCUGUACCCGCAACAACAGCCAGAAACCAACGGCCAGGAUUUCUCUUCACAAGAACAACAGGAAGAUGCACUCCUCAGUACUGGGGGAGCAGGAUGGAGGCGUGGCCGAAGAUGGUCCCACAGACAUCGACGGUGUCCAAGGUGUUUGGAUCAAGAGCGUACGAACGGUACAGAUCCGAUCUGACGUUGCUUGAAGCGACGGCGAUGAAUGACGAGGAGAACGUGUACCCUAGGCUGCUGAAGCAGGCGAGUGCUGCACUGCUGAACUCUUAUGCAAGAAAAGGGUAUCCUUACACAGCUUGGGAGGUCAAGACUUUGUUGAUCCAAGCUUUGGUGUCUAAGAAGGCAGCUGCCCUUCAAGCCCAGCACUUCUCUAAUGCCAAUGAGGCAUGUCAUUAGCAUUAGCAAGCAACCCUUGUCAUCCUCUUUGUUAUUUGAGCGAUGUUCUAUUUUAGUCUAAAUUAAGGUGAUGAAAAUUUGAAUUCAAGUGUAGAGUUAGAGCAUGCUGCUCUAACCAACUUGGUUAUGUUAUGAUUUUUGUUUGUAUGGACCUUAGGUCCUUAAUACUAGUAGAAUACUUCAUUCUUAA